AUGAAAGCCACCGUGGUCAUUUCGCUCGUUGCUGUCGCGGCCAGUGAGCCGCUGCAAGCCCGACAAAGUCAGGCCCCCGCUUCUGGCAGUGCUGGCUUGACGAGUGGUGCUGCUGCCCCGCCGCAAAGCUCAUUUCCGUUCUCUUUGGCCACGACAAAUCCGACCGCAGUCCCGUUGGCGUCCAUCGUCUCGAAUGCCCCAAGCCAGGCGACCACCCCGCUUCCAACAACGUUUGCAGCAGGCGCAACACCGACAGCACUGAAGGGCGCUCCACCGUUACCGAAUGCUGCAGCGCUAGUGCCGUCUAACUAUCCUGCCCUCGAUGUCAUCGUCCCGACAAACAGCCCAGAAGUGCAGCAGUGGAUCCGGGAGGUGAACAGCUCUGGAAUCACCAUUCCCAACAUCGCGCCAACUGUCGCGGGUGGAUGCCCGGCCAACGCUCAGGCAGCAGCAGACACAUCGCGAUGCUGGUGGACAUGUGGGGGUUGUGUGGCCCCCUCCGAUAUCACUACAUGCCCGCAACAGCUUUCCUGGGGUGCGGCUGACAUACGACGACGGCCCGUCCCCCUACACCGAAAACCUGCUGCAAUUCCUCGAGCAGAACAACCUCAAGUCGACAUUCUUCUCGGUCGGCUCGCGCAUAAUUUCGUGGCCCCAAAUCACGCAGUACCAGUACAUGACCGGCCAUCAAAUCGCUGUUCACACGCAAGUUGCUCUAAUCUUCAACGCGGGACGCGGUCUGAUGCUUUUUUCUCUUUGCUCUGCAGCUGGUCGCACCCCUCGUUGACGACGCUUACUAAUGAACAAAUCAUCGGCGAGCUGGGCUGGUCGAAGAAGAUCAUCAAGGAUACUUUAGGCGUUACGCCCACUCAUUUCCGGCCUCCAUUUGGCGACAUCGAUAACCGUGUUCGUGCUAUCGCCGCUGCGAUGAACCUGCAGCCUGUCAUCUGGACGCGGAUCAGUCCGCUGGCAACUUUCGAUACGGACGAUUUCGACCUGCAUUCUGGUGCAUCGACGCCGUCCAAGGUGCUCCAGAAUUGGGACUACAUCAAGGGCAAUGCUACGACGUUCAACUCAGGGUUCAUUCUGCUGGAGCACGAUUUGUUCCAGCAAUCGGUCGACAUUGCGACGGGCUACAUCCUGCCCGAUGCGCUCGUGCAUCAACCCAAGUUCAACAUCGCCCCCGUCAUCACCUGCCUGAACAAGCCAAUGGAGGACGCGUAUAUCGAGACGAACGACAACUCGACUAACCCGAUUGCCUCCGGCGGUGCUCCUGCGCUUUCCUCGGGUGCUCCAGGGUCAGCGCAAGCCACUAGUGGUGGUGGCGGCUCAGGCUCCAACACUGGGAAUGCCGCCUUCGCUGUCGCGGCUCCGGUGACUGUGCUUUCUCUGACAUUUGCACUGAUUGCUGGGUUCAUUUGUGCAUAA